AGGUGGCUUUAGAUGAGAGAAGAGGUUUGCACUUUGCAGCAAUAUAAUAUAAUCUCCAUUGCUCCAAAAGCUUUAAUUUGAUUCAGAUUCCCCAUCUCCAUCGUCUCUUCUCUUCUGCACAUGAAGGGAAUCGAUAUAUUCUGCGCCUCCCAAGCUGCCACCGCCAUCCGCAGCACCAUGGAAGAGAUAACCGCCGUCGCUUCCUCCUCCUCCUCCGCAAUCCAACUCGGCGGAAGCGGCGGAGGCAGAGCCAUCGACCGCUUCAACCCUAUCAUCACAGACUCCAGGCGACGAACCGCCCCGGUUCCAAAACCGCCGGCGCAGAGCCCAGGCGGCUUUGGCAAGACAAAGAAGGAUAAGAUCAGCAAGAGUAGUAAGAGUAAUAAUAAGAAGAAGAAUUCUCGGAAGGCGGCGGCGGGCGAGGAAAGCGGCGGCGGCGGCGGCGGAGGGUGGAGGUGUACUAAACCGGGCGGUUUUAUCACGCCGCAGAGCUCUUCCAGGUACCUUCUGAAUGAGAAUGAGGACGAUAAAGAUUAUUUCCUGGACGUUCUUUCGGAUUUCAACCCGAUUCUGAAGUUGGAUGAUCCGAAUAACGAUAUAAAAAAUCUCCAACAACUUUCCGAUCAAUCCGGUCCUUCUCACACUCCACUCCCUCUUCCUCCUCCUCCUUCUUCCUCUUCUCCGCCGCCUCCCUCUCGCUCCACAGAUCAGGUGGUUGUUGUUCUUAGGGUAUCACUCCAUUGCAGAGGGUGUGAGAGAAAGAUGAGAAAACACCUCUCUAGAAUGCAAGGGGUAUCGUCUUUCAACAUAGACUUUGCAGCUAAGAAGGUGACAGUGGUGGGGGAUGUAACACCAUUAGGAGUUCUAGCAAGCAUAUCCAAGGUUAAGAAUGCACAACUCUGGUCGCCGGCGGUGGCCGUAUCUUCCAUUCCGCCGGCGGUUAGCCUGAGCAACUCAAGUUCCAAGACUGCUAAGCCGGCGGUGGCAUCAGUACCAACAACUAAUGAAAAUAUGGAAAACAUUUCAAGAAAUAUUCAGCUGAUUUCAAUGAAUUAGAGUUUGAUUGGGCUUUAUAUUGUUCAGUCUUUGGAUGUAGAUGAAGAUAUUUUAGUAGGGUGCCAUUAUUUGGCUUGGUUUGUGGAUUAGGAUUUUGUGUUUAUUGGUAGGUUUGAGCAUUGAAGGUGAAACUCUUUCGAAUGUUUUUAUUUAAUCAGUUAACAUUUUUUAGAUUUGAAAAGAUCAA